AUGAAUUACGAUAAUAAUUAUAAUAAUGGAAACGUUUUUAAUGGUAGUCGUGAAGAUAGUACAAAGACGUUUCUUACUGGAAAUAUCACAAACUCUUAUAAUAUUCCCAAAUUCCCAAAUUUAGCAUACAUCAGAGAUCAAAAUAUGUGUGACGCAAAUGAAGGUAGAUUAAACGAUCCCUUUCAAGAGAAUUUAUCAGCAUCAUACCAAUCUUUUAAAAAACAUAAUCUCAAUCAAAUAAAGAAAAAACUAUCUGCAAUUGCAAGACAGAAAGAAGAAGUUGUUAAGGCAGAACAAAAAUUUUUAAAAGAAUUAGGCUUAUGGCAACAAUCGUUAUCUACAAUCGAUAGAAACUCAAUGUUUUUAAUGGAAGAUAUUAAAGAAUUAUUCCAACAAGAUUCUAUUGCAGAGCAAAAUAUAUCAUGCAAUAUAAAGGGUAUGGUUAAAAAUUUAGAAUAUGUCAGUAAAAGAGAAAUAGAAUAUAAUACUGAAUCAAAAAAUGUUAUUAAUGAAAUAAAGAUUCUCCAAAACGUAGUCAAUAAAACUGGAGAACAUUCAGAAGAAUCAAAUUUCCAAAAGGAAAAAGUUAUUGCUACCAAAAAAUCUUUCGAGGUAACAGAAAAAAAUUUUCAACAAUCUAUCUCUGUUAAUAUGAGAAGACUUUUCAAGGAUUUAGGCAUAACAUACCACGAUUCAAUUUCUGAUCUAAGGGAAGUUUGUACUGCAUUUAUACAAAAAUCAUUAAAAACAUUAGAGAUAAUUAACAUAGACAAUUUUGAUGAAGACCUAAACGAUUUAAGAAUUAAAAGAGUUCAAAAGAAGUGGUCAAAAUUGCCUCCUAAUCAAAAAAGAGACCCUAAAUUAUGGAAUAACAUGAUGAGUGGGUUUCAUGAUAAUGAAGAUUCAUUAUUAAGAAACGUAUAUAAAGGAUUACCCCAAGAAUACUCACCAACACGAAAUAAUAUAAAGUUAUAUCCUAAGAAAGAAUUACAAUCUUCUCCCCUAAAUGAAAGCUUUUCUGAUGUAACGACUAAAAGAUUCAAUCCAAUUACAACGAAUCAAUAUUUUGCUGAAAAAUCACCCGAGAAUCUGGAACAGGAAAAUUUUGAUCCAAAUAAAGAAGAUUCUGAAAAGUAUAACAAUAUUGAUAAAAAUACCUCUCAUCAAGUCGAAGGACCUCGAAAAACUUUAAAUAAUAAUCUAAAGUUCCAAGCCAGGGAAGUUCUAACAAAUGACCCAAUGAAACUAAAGAAGCCAAUAAUGGUAGAUCCUGAAAAACAAUUACCCAAGAAACCAUCCAUGGUUAUGGAUGGUAUAAACGGCUAUAUUUUAAAUUUUGGAGGAGAAUUCUCCCAGCAGUUGGAACAAGCCGAGGUUCAUCUAGAGGAAAAUAAAUGGGUUGAGUGA